AUGGACACUGAUCAGUUAGAAGGUUUAUAUAAUGCAUUUAUUGAGGGUGAAAACAAUAUAAUGGAUCAAAAUGAAACUGGUUCUAGUGAUGUAUUUAAUGAUGAGAUGGAUAGUGAUAGCACCUCAAGUCAAGAAGAAAAUGAUAGUCAUAAUGGUAAUAUUAGUAUGGAAGAUGAAGAAAACAAUUCUUUCCAAAGUAAUGAGAGUGACUCUUACACCACAUCUUCUGAGAAUGAUUUAGUUGAUGAGUUUAAUGAGGAAGAAUGCUUGGAGGAUUUGGGUUUGGAUGAAACAGUUCACAAGACGUUGCACUCAAGAGUUGAUAAUCAUGCCAUAUCAAGAUACUAUGUAUAUUCAAAUCAAGGUGAAAAAUCUUUAAAUGACAAAAGGGGGCGAAUGGAUUACAAGCCUCGUGCAAUAAAGAAAACUAAUUGUAAGGCUUUAAUGAGGAUCAAGUUCAAUAAUGGGGUGUGGACAGUGGAUAUGUAUGAAAAGGAGCACAAUCACCCAUUAGUGGAUAAGAAUGAGUCAUUUAGACUUAGAUCACACAAGAAAAAUGAUAGAAGUACAACUGAACUUAUACAACGGCUCCGUAAGUACGGGAAUCUGUUGAGGUCCGAGAGAAGGAAUUGUGUAGGGGUUGAUUGUCAACAAGCAAUCAACUACUUAGACAACAAGAGGACCUCAGAUGCAGGAUUCUUUUAUGCAGUCCGUGUUAACGAGGGCCAACAGUUAACAGGGAUUUUUUGGGUGGAUAGUCGUGCUCGAAAACAGUAUAAGAAUUUUGGUGACGUAAUUGUGUUUGACACAACUUACAAAAAAAAUAAGUAUAAGUUCCCAUUUGCUCCUUUCACUGGUGUUAAUCACCACAUGCAAUCUACAUUGUUUGGUUGUGGUCUAAUAGCCGAUGAGACGAAAGAAUCUUUUAUAUGGUUAUUUAAAACAUGGCUUCAAGCUAUGCUUAAUAUCCACCCGAAGGCGAUCUUGACAGAUGAAGACCCGGGAAUAAUGAAAGCAAUUAAGCAAGUUUUUCCAUUGACUGGCCAUCGACUUUGUGGAUGGCAAUUGGAGAAGCAUAGGAUCAAUCACAUGAGGCCACUGUACAAGAGAUAUCCGGACUUGAAGGCAGUGUAUAGAAGUUGUAUUAAUGAUUCUAAGACACCCUUUGACUUUGAGGAGAUAUGGGAUAAUAUGAUACAAAGAUAUAAUUUGGAGGAUCAUAAGUGGCUUAAGAAGCACUUUAGAAUAUGCCAACAUUGGGUGCCUUGUUAUUAUAUUGACAUCUUUUUUGCUGGUCAUAAAAUCGAGCAUCAAGCAAGUAAUGUUUAUACGAAAAAGGUGUUCAAGGUUUUCUCAGUAGAGUGGUUUGCAUGUUUUGGUCUUGAGGCAAGUCAAUGCGAUGAUAAAAUCACUGUUAUGAGGUACAAGGUUUGUUCAAGAGAUGGGGAUCGAGAGAUACAUGUGAACUAUGUGUUGGAUAACCAAGAGGAUGAAAUCACUAUUUGUGACUGUAAGAUGUUUGAGCAGAAAGGGAUACUUUGCAAGCAUAUCCUUAAGAUUUAUGUGAUAACGGACAGAUCCCAAAUUCCUCAUCAUUAUAUUAUGCUUAGAUGGAUCAAAGGUGCCCGUUAUAUUGAGUCUGGACUUGACGAAGGCUCAUCUAAACGACAACCCCAACAACCUGUGUGGAUUCUUCAUGACAUUGCCCACCGGUUAGCAAGUGAAGGAUCUCUAUCUCAAGAGAGGUAUAAUGUUGCUCAUAGAGUGUUGAAUGAUGGUCUACAAGAGGUGUUGAGAUUGCAAGCAAUUUGA